GUUGUUAUUUUCAGACACAUCUCUCCCUCCGUCCAGUGUAAAACAUUUAUAGCUUGAGAUCUGAGAGGAUUUCUGUCGUCUUCAAAUCUCUUCUCCGGUGAAUGUAAAUGAUGGAAACAUUGGUGACGUUCCUCCUUACUGGAUCUCUGAUACAAGGUGUUUUUUGUGGCUUUAAUAUGAAUCUGUCGAAGAGAGUAGAAGCUGUGAAAGGAUCCUGUGUUUUCAUCCCCUGCACAUUUGAUAUCGAACAAAGAUAUGAAAAAGAUCUCACUGACAGUGCAAAGAGAAAAUGGUUUAAAGUCGGAAGAAGUAGAGCUGUGUUUGACUCCAGCAGCCCCAACACUGGACUGUUAAAAGGAGAAAUAUUUGGCACUGCUACACAGAAAAACUGCACCACACGCUUCGAAAAUGUUGAUCAGAGUCAUAAUGGGUCAUAUUACUUCAGACUUGAAGCCAAUGGAAUAUUGAAACAUAGCUACACAGGACCUACAUACUCUGAAGUUGAAAUUGUCGUCUUAGGAUCUCCCCCCAAACCUACACUGAGCUUCUUUCCAGAUCAGGAGGAGGUGAUUGAGGGAAGUUCAGUGAGUCUGCGCUGCUCUACUAAGAUCUUCUGUCCGUCUCGUCCAUCAUCUCUCACAUGGAGCUCGUCUCUCAUCGAGAGCGUCACAGGACGACAGUAUCAGAGCCAAACUGAGCUCAUCUCUGAUCUGAACUUCACUGUUUCUCACCGUCAUCACAGAGUCACUUUCACCUGCACUGCAACACAUCAGCUACAGAAGCAGAUCACAACACAAGAGUCUCGUCUGCUACACGUUCAGUAUGCUCCUAAAAACCCAUCUGUGAGGAUAAAUCCAGCUGGUUUAGUUCUGGAGGGUCGUUCAGUGACUCUGAUCUGCAGCAGUGAUGCAAACCCAGCAGUGAACUACACCUGGUACAGAGACACUGAGAGACCUCUGAAUCCAGUUCAGACCGGACCAAACCUGACCAUCAACAACACCGACCCGACACACAGCGGACGAUACUACUGUACAGCUGAGAACAAACACGGCACACAGAACUCAUCAGUGCUGCUGGACGUCCAGUAUGCCCCAAAAAACACAUCAUUGUCAGUGUUUCCCUCCGGCUCAGUGAUAGAGGGCAAACCAGUGACUCUGAUCUGCAGCAGUGAUGCAAACCCAGCAGUGAACUACACCUGGUACAGAGACACUGAGAGACAUCUGAAUCCAGUUCAGACCGGACCAAACCUGACCAUCAACAACACCGACCCGACACACAGUGGACGAUACUACUGUACAGCUGAGAACAAACACGGCACACAGAACUCAUCAGUGCUGCUGGACGUCCAGCAGACUCAUUUCUGUCUGCAUCCUGCUGACCAUUAACUUUUAAGCGUCAUGUUUUCAUCAGACUUUAGAUAUCCAUCCUAAACAUAGGUGAAAAUCCCACAACAACCACAACAGCUUGAUGUUGUCUAAUGUGGCACGGUCUCCCUGCGUCACUUAUAGUAUAAAGACCUUUCUCUGUGUAUACAUAUCCUUACAAGUUUUAACUGUGUUAUUGUCCCCUUCAAAAAUUGCUCGUCCCCUCACUGUAUGACGAAAUGUAUCCCCCGAAACGUAACUUUUCUCUUUGUCUUUUGGUUCCCUGUUUAUCUGGAGUGACUCGUAAAUGUUACUGUAAAAUAUGUUUGGAUAGAGUGAUCCAGAGGUGGGAGUAAGUUACACAUGUGCAAGCAGGGACAAACUGGGAGUGAAAAACGGCUCACCAAAACUACAAUCAGUCGCUACUAUCUAACAAUAUUACAGCAAUUCUGUCACAUUUACAUCAAAUAACAUCACACCACCCAUGGUGAAAACCUUUGUUUUUCUGUUAUUUUCCAUUUACUUCCAUAUUUUCUAUCCUCUAAUCUCAACACAUCAGCAUUAAGGCAUUUCUUGGUUGUUUAUUGAGUUGUUUUCCUCACAGAGAGCAUUACUGUAGCUGUUGGUAAUCAUAACCAUUUAUGUCACAAUUUACCGCCUUUGUGGGAGUCUCUUGAAUUUUUUAAAUAUUUAAAAAAGCAGGAUUUUUUUGUAGAGGGAAAUAAAGCUUAAUAAUCAAAGCAUC